AUCGUCCUCGACACUCACAAUGGCUCCCUCGGCGUCGAAGCAGAAGCGUCUCGCAGAAAAGGCGGCAAAGCAGGCCGCCAAGGGCAAGGGGGAUGGCUCGACGACCGCCGUCUCCUCGACGGGCACCCCGGCAUCGAGCACAGCCGUCUCCACCGCCAACAACUCCACCGACGACCUCUCCGCGAUGGCGAAGCUCCGCGUCGCCACCGAGCGGUCCGCCGCUGGUGUUCUCGUCUCCGACCCGAAGGGCCGCGACAUCAAGAUCGACCAGUACACGCUCUCCUUCCACGGCCGCCUCCUCAUCGAGGGCGCUGAGAUCUCCCUCAACUACGGCCAGCGGUACGGUCUCCUCGGAGAGAACGGCUCCGGCAAGUCCACCUUCCUCAACUCCAUCGCGGAGCGCGACAUCGAGAUCCCCGAGCACAUCGAUAUCUACCUCGUCUCUGGCGAGGCGGAGCCCUCCGACGUCAACGCCGUCGACUUCAUCGUUGCCAGCGCGAAGGCAAAGGUCGCCCGCCUUGAGCAGCGCAUCGAGGAGGUCUCCAUGGCUGUCGGAGACGACCCCAGCGCCGAGAUCGAGCUCGACCACCUGUACGAGGAGCUUGAGGAGAUGGACCCGAGCACGUUCGAGGCGAAAGCCGGUGCGAUCCUCCACGGUCUCGGCUUCACACAGCAGAUGAUGGCGAAGCCGACGAAGGACAUGUCCGGUGGUUGGAGGAUGCGCGUCGCGCUCGCGCGUGCCCUUUUCAUCAAGCCCCAUCUCCUCCUCCUCGACGAGCCGACCAACCAUCUCGAUCUCGGUGCCGUCGUCUGGCUCGAAGCGUACCUCUCCACCUACAACCACAUCCUCGUCAUCACCUCGCACUCUCAGGACUUCAUGGACUCCGUCUGCACGAACAUCAUGGACCUUACAAUGAAGAAGAAGCUCGUCUACUACACCGGUAACUACAGCACCUACGUCAAGACGAAGGCCGAGAACGAGGUCAACCAGAUGAAGGCGUACAACAAGCAGCAGGAGGAAAUCGCGCACAUUAAGAAGUUCAUCGCUUCCGCCGGUACAUACGCCAACCUCGUCAAGCAGGCGAAGUCGAAGCAGAAGAUCAUCGACAAGAUGGAGGCGGCGGGCUUGGUCGAAAAGGUCGAGCAGCCGCGGCCGUUGAGGUUCAACUUCGAGGACAUCCGCAAACUGCCGCCGCCUGUCAUCGCCUUCUCCGACGUCGCGUUCUCGUACUCGGGCAAGAAGGAGGACUACCUGUAUCAGGGCUUGAGCUUCGGUAUCGACAUGGACUCCCGCGUAGCCAUUCUUGGCGCCAACGGUACGGGCAAGAGUACGCUGUUGCACCUCAUCACGGGCGCGCUGCAACCGACGGAGGGCUCGAUCAGCAAGCACGCAGCGUUGAAACUGGCGAAGUACUCGCAGCACAGUGCGGACCAGUUGCCAUACGACCAGAGCCCGAUUGAGUACUUCCAGAGUCUCUUCCAUGAGAAGUAUCCCGAGAAGGAUGCCAUGGCAUGGCGGCAACAACUCGGCCGGUUCGGUCUUUCGGGCUCUCACCAGACGGCACCCAUUCGUCAACUCUCGGAUGGCUUGAGGAACCGCGUCGUCUUCGCGCAGCUGGCGAUGGAGCACCCGCACAUCUUGUUGCUUGAUGAGCCGACUAACCACUUGGACAUGGAGUCCAUCGAUGCACUUGCACGGGCAAUCAAGGACUACGAGGGCGGCGUUGUCAUCGUGUCCCAUGACUUCCGUCUCAUCUCGCAGGUCGCCGAGGAGUUGUGGGAGGUCAAGGACCGGAAGAUCCGCAACUUGACGAAGGAGGACAUCUCCAUCGUCGACUACAAGAAGCUGUUGAUGAAGGACAGUCAAGCCGCGCUCGAGAAGGCGAAGCUGUUCUCGAAGACGGCGCCGAAGGGUACUGCCGCGUGAGCGCCGUCUUCGGCGCGUAUUCGAGUGGUCGAUGGAGCGCAGGGGCGGCACCAAAACGCGCGCGGCGGCGAAGGCGCAUCGGGCUUAUGGGCACCGUCCGCCUAGAUGCGCACGAGAUACGAGAUUGUACUUUGCACGCGCUAUCUGUAGUUCAUGUUGUACCAAGACGCGACUGUAUCGAGUAGCCUCACAAGCUAGAUAUCAUGUAUCGAUUCCCGUCAUUCAUCUGUAGUCGUAUUCACCUUACAGUCGUUUAUUCCAUCGAAUGCUUUCGACUCGCGUGCUUGUAGUUGCAGCCCCGAGAUAUGAGGAGGAUUACAGCGUUGGCUUCGUACGACUCAGACAUGCGAUAUUCACUCGCUUCCUUAUUCUCCGAU